AUGGCCCAAACCAAGAACAUCACCGUGCAGCUGGACAGGAUGGCGGUGCUCGGCUGCCGCAUCAAGUUCCUGCUGAGCAACAGUACGGUGUCGUGGAUAAGAAGGAGGGACCUGGGCGUGCUGACGGUGGGGCGCUUCACCUUCACCAAGGACGACCGCUUCAAGGCCAUCCACCAGCCCGGCUCGGAGGACUGGCUGCUCAAGAUACACUACGCCCAGCACCGCGACGCCGGGGCCUAUAUGUGCCAGACCUCCACCUCGCCGUCCCUUUCCACGGCCGUCUGGCUCACUGUUGUCGAAACUCGAGUGCUGGGCGGCCCGGACCUAGACGUCAAUUCUGGCUCCACCAUCAACCUGACCUGCAUCGUCAAGCAAAGCCCCGACCCGCCGCCCUUCAUCUUCUGGUACCACGAGAGGGAGCCCCUCACCUACGAUUCCCCCCGCGGCGGCAUCAAGGUGGUAAAGGAGCACGGGCCGACCUCCUCCUCCUCCAGGGUCCUCAUCCAUCGCGCCACCCCGAAGGACGCCGGCCGCUACGCCUGCCACACCGCCAACUCGGAGCCCCACCACAUCGUCGUGCACAUCGUACACAGUGAGUAUCCUAGCGGCGAGGCGGAGGAACACAGGGAUAGGACUACAGGCACAGGGAAACAGGGAGAGGACCAAGCUCUAUAG